AUGGAGAACUCAAUGAUGUCUUCUAUUAACAAAUCCAUGUCUUUUAAAGAAGAAAUGGAUUGCCCUGAGGAGAGUGGUUGGACAGAAUAUUUUGAGGACUUCAUGAAUGUCAAUGGAGAGAAUAAUACUAGUUGUUGUUCUUCUGAUUUUGGGACCUCUUCAUUGGUUUCUGAUGCUGCUUCUUGUGCUGCAUGGAAGUUCUCUCAUGAUCAUCAUCAUCAUCAACAAGUUAUUAAUGGCUACUCUUCAAUGAUGGGUCCCCACCAGAGCUUUAAGAAAUUGAAUUUCAAGAAGAAAAUAGCCAGAAAAGUUCUAUUGGAUGAUAAUAAUGAUGAUUUGGAGGACACUGCCAGUUCUCCUUGCAAUAGUCCCAAGGUUAGUGAGCUAAGUCCAUUCCAUAUGAACAGAAUAAAAAGAGAAGAUGGCCUAGAAAGUUCUAAUGAGAAGGGAAUAAAACAGAUUGAUGAGAGAAAUGAAUUGGGCUUCAUUGGUACAGAAUUGAAGAAAAGAGGGCUUUGCUUGGCUCCCAUGUCCUUGCUAAUGAACCAUCUUGGAUAA